GGAGGCGCACGCACCAUGCUGCGCUGGAAGUGCAUCAUAGGCCUAUCGGUCGCCGUCGCACAGACGGCGGCGGCAACACCAACAUCGACGGCUUGCUUGCCAUGGGACGCCACCACUGAGAAAUCUAUCCACCCGGCCUUGGCUGGCGUAUACAAGGCGCUGUCGCCGUUGGCCGUCAUGUCACCUGGGUUUGGGUCGUGCCUUCGCAAUGGCCAAGAAGGAUGGGCGCAGCUCGUGCAGUCCAUCGCGACCAACGACGACUGCAAGCAAACGAUAGAGUGGCUCCAAACGAAACCCAUGUCGGACAUUCCUUUCCAACACGCCAACCGCACUCAAGCCCAGGCCGUCGCGCUCGCCACGAACUUGCGCCAGCUCAACGACACACAAUUGCUCAGCACAUGCACCAACACAAUUCCUGCCGUCGCAGCAUGUGUUAUGAACAAGAUUCUCAAGGACGUGACGGUGCUGAAAGCCAUAUCGCCGUGCUGCGCCUCGUGGAUCGACUCCUUCUCGGACCCCUCUCUGUACCUGUUUACGUCCAACUUGCUCAAGCACGUGUCAAACGUAAUGUGCUCGACGCAAGACAUCAAAGGCGUCAAGAAGUCGUGUGGGAUGGCUGCGGUGAUGGCUGUGAUCCCUUCGAGCGUCGAUAUGGUCGACCUGUUCACGCGCCUCGCUGAUUUCUUGGUCGCACCCAACGACCAGGGGUGUGCAGCUCAGGAAGGACUUCCGUUCACCGACACAGCGGGUACGGAGCGGACUCCGUUAUUCCGGAAUGCCACGCCGUUCAGUGGAUGCAGCGUGUCACUCGACUCGUUUGUGCAGUGGGUCAAGAAUGUGCCGUACCUCCGCCUCAUCUCGACGUUUGACCCGUCGCGGCUCUUCACCAACGGCGCCAACGUGUGUGUGAAAGGCCAAGAGAUACUCCCGUACCUGGAUCUAUUCCUCCCGAGCGACAAACCUGCCGCCAUCGCCGUCAUCACGGACUAUUACAGCAACAAGUGCGUGCACAUUGCCAACGGAUAUGGCGCCACGUGCAAGUUUCAGCUGCCUGCCAACGAGUACUUUGCUGCGACCAACUGGCCGUAUCCGACGGUGGCUCCAGCCUCCACCAUGACGGGCCAGUCGUCGGUCAAACCCACGCCAGCCCCGACAACGUCAUCGAGUGCGACGCCUCGAGCUACCUGGAUAGCGCUAGCUGUCGUUGCCGUCAUCCUUGCUUAAACCACAAUGAUAUCUGUGGUGGAGACGUGGCUAGAUUGGACUAGGUGUAAUGUAGUGAUCUGUGUGCUGGCCGUGUGCUGAGGUGGCCAGCUAAUUCACAUUGCCCGGGCA